UUAGCGGAGGGCCAGAUGGGACUACCUGCAGAAAAUCAAUGGAGCCAGCAACCGAAGUGGGACGCCAUGAAGAUGGCGGUGAAGUCGAUCUCGAAGAUGGCAGUAAUGCCAGUGUUGGCAGCAACGAUGGCGGUCAUGGUGACCACAACACUAACGAUGAUGGCCACCACCAUGGAAGCCACCACGGCGGCCGCCACCACCACCAUAGCAACCAUGACGUCCACCAACAUCACCACACCAGUCACCAUGAACACCACCACCACCACCAUGAUGGAGGCCACUUCGGUGGUGGCCACCACCACCAUGACGGAGGCCACUUCGGUGGCGGCCACCACCACAGUUCAAUAUGACCUUUUCUCAAUGAUCCAUUACCAUCACAAGCUUAAUUCAAUUACUAGCUUCUCGAGACGUCUUGAAUUUGAGUUAUAAAAUGUAUUAGGGUUGGUGGCAAAACCUUCAUCUAAAAAUGUCCUGUACUAAUUCGAUUUGAAUUAGUGUAGAUCCUUGUUAAAGUCUCAUCAAUUUGAUAUGGAUUAGAUCGAGGAUAUGGUUAAAAAAAUUGUGGUGGUCCAUUGAAAUCCCACGCACAGCACAUGGAAGGUAUCAUUGGGAAAAUUGUAUGAUAAGUCUUC